AGUAACUACUGAAAGAAGUCGGGGUACUGACUAACUGGAUGACCAGCUUAUACACAGGGCAAUUCUCAUUAAUUCGUAUGAAUCACAUGCGUCUGAGAUAGUUUGGUGUCGAGGUUAUACACGUUGCAGCUUGUUGGUUUGGCGGAGCACACGUUUCGGAAAUUCGCUCCAACUUCCAAGUAAAAACAAAGAACAUUCACCGAAAAUUCUGAAUACUUAGGGUGGCCAAAAUGUCUGCCCAACUCUUCAUUGGAAGGUUGAGCAAGCAGACAAGGCAGAGAGAUGUUGAGGAGGUUUUCAGAAGGUACGGCCCGAUGCAGAGAUGUGAACUGAAAUACGGUAAGCACGGAACGGGAAUGGCCUAUGCCUUUAUUGACUAUGAAGACCGAAGAGACGCAGAGGAUGCCCAGAAGUUUGAAGAUCGUCAGGAAAUCUGCGGGCAGAGCAUCGUCGUGGAGUGGGCACGGGGACCCAAGCGAGGCGUGAGUGAUGAUGAGUGCUACAAGUGUGGUGGGAUAGGUCACUUUGCUCGUAACUGCCGCAGUGAAGGCAGAGGCUACCGUGGCGGUUUUGGGAGCAGCUAUAGCAGCAGAUCAAGGUACCGGUCACGUUCUCGGUCCAGAGAUCGCAGGUACCGGUCACGUUCUCGGUCCAGAGAUCGCAGGCGCCGCAGCUAUCGUUCUCGAAGCCGUAGUCCAAGGAGGCGAAGCCGCAGCCGGGAUCGUAAGCGCCGGAGCCGAAGCAGAGAUCGCCGACGUAGUCGUAGCCGCAGCCAUCACAAGAGGACACCAAGCCGUAGCCGAAGCCGCUCCCCAAGGAAGAGCCGAAGCCACAGCCCCAGACGCAGUCCAAGCCCCAAACGUAGCCAUAAGCGCAGUCCUAGCCCUAGGCGUAGCCGCAGCCGCAAGCGCAGCCCCAGCCCCCGACGUAGUCGCAGCCAUAAAGGCAGCGCAAGCCCUAAACGUAGCCGCAGUCGAGGCAGCAGUCAUAGCCGCAGCCGCAGUCGGUCUCGAAGCCGCAGCCCUGAGCAGAAUGGCAGUCGUGAGAGGCAGUCACGUAGCCGUAGCGGUAGCCACAGUGACAGGGACUAAACUACAAUAAUCCACACGAUUCCUUGCGAUACAUGUAGAACUUGAAGACCCAUAUUCCAAGUGUCUGUACACAUCCUAAUGCGUAUUUUGUCUUCACAAGAAAGACACACACUGUAUUUUAACUUUCCACAACACAGACACGCGCAUGAGAAGGCAACAAACAAAAUAUGCACAACAAAACACGGAUGCUCUGAUUUUUGGAAGCAACCUCUUCCCACGUAAUAACUGUUUUCAAAGAAAGUUAGCCAAUUAUGUGGUCUUGUUUGUCGCUUUUCAGCCAGUGUGUUUGCUUAAUUUUUGCGCACACAUUGAAAUUCUUUAUUCUGUACUUAAAGCUCUCAUAUCACCCUAAAAGUGGUCACCAAUUGUUACUUUACGCUGUCUGAAUCGUGUAGAAAUCCUCUGUUCCAUAUCCUAAGCAACAAGGAAGUUUGUGUCAUUCCUUAGAAGAUGCAUGAAUGUAGGUUUUAGUCGACAUACUUUUUAAGUUGCAAAGUUAUGGGUUCGUUUUAUGCUAUCAACUGAUGUCGGCUUGUAUUUUUUGAAACACUGUAUACUUGACUUUCUGCUUGUCCAAAGGUUCCCGGACAGAUUGUGAAGAUAACUAAACUGUUUGCUCUUUUUGUUCUGAUACUCUGAAUGAUCUGUUUAAUGAGUUUCUUAAAGUUUGUAGAUAUUUUUUUAA